CUCAUCGUGCGCCGUGAGCCGGGGUUCAUUUGGUUUGAACCAGGCUAGCAUCGUACGCGCUAGCCUAAAUUGAACCUUCGGCAUAAACCUGCGUUUGAACCUUUGCUUGUGUUGGUUGAACCGGCAGCUCGGUUAUGGUGCACCCAGCCCGACCACCACGUAUCCACCGACUGACGGCAGUGUGGGCUCGUCAGUUAAAAACGCAACUCAAAAUUCGUAUGGGAAUCUUUUUUUCGUGACGGCUUUCGUGGUACGCUCCCUCCAACUGUUCUAGAAUAAUAUUUGAAUAUGGCGUAUCUCUAAACAAGUUUUUCAAGAAAAAGAUUUCAGAAGGCUUAUUUUGUCGUUUUAAACUGAAACAAGGAUAAAACCAUAUUAAUAUAAACUAUCCGCCAUUUUCAAAUGUUUGGCUAGAUAAUAUCGAAGUUCGCUUGACACUAACACAAAAAUAAAUCACAGACAGUGUUAUAUUAUGUAACGGUUUUUAUGAACAUCCCCGCGUCACGCAUUUCGUGGACGCUCCCCUUUAAAUGUCAUUCAUCUUUCCUGUCUCUCUCUAUCUUUCUGAUUCAUUCUUGUCGCGAGUACGGACCUGAAAGGACGUGUCUGAAUAAAGUCGAGUUGUUGUGAAUCAUAAAUCGCGUCUCAUUUAUUCGUACUAAAACAUGGUGUCAGAAGUUUUCGCGGACAACUAGUGGAUUUCCGGCGUCAUCGGUAUAACGCGGAAGGUUCCUGUGAGGAGAUUCAACGUCGGGCGGCCGAAGAAUCAUACGCGGAAGUGAUCGGAAAAGUUGCGCUCUUUGUUGCGAACGUGUGCGAUCCUUUCCGGCGGCCAUAUUUCUUUGUACGCGUCUUCGAACUGUUAGAGAUUUCCGGAAGUGAAGUGGAGAAGAAAAUUCGAGAAAAAUGGACGCUGAGCAGUUCAAGAUGUUUAUGAAGCAUCAGGAGAAGGCGCAGGCGGAGCUCAUUGCAUCGUUGCAAAAAAUGGUCGUGAAGCAGUCAACAACGCCGGCCGCUGGAAGUUCGGCGGGCCCCGCUUUGCCGCUUCCCCCUCCGCUGGAGCUGGCCGGAGACAUGGAGGCAAACUUUGAGUUUUUCAAGCAGAAUUGGAAGAACUACGCAUCCGCCGCUGGGAUGGAUGGUUGGCCGGACACGAUGAAGAAGCAGAAAACGAGCAUCCUUCUGUCAGUGAUCGGAAGUGCAGCGCGCCAAAAGUACUUCAACUUUGAGCUUACGGUUGCAGAGACGGAUGAUCCGGAACUUGCUCUGGCAGCGAUCAAGGAAAAGGUAGUGCGCAAACGGAACAAGUUCGUCGACUGGAUCAAUUUCUUUGGCCUUUCGCAAGAUUCGGACGAAAGCAUCGACGACUACCUGAUGAAGCUGAAGGUUCUGUCGAAGUCAUGCCAGUUCGGAGCUCUCGAGAAAGAAAUGCUGCGGUUCAAGAUCGUCACAUCGAACAAGUGGCCAAAUCUCCGGACCAGGAUGCUGGGCAUGCAGGACCUGAAGGAAGAUGCGGCCGUCGACAUGUGCCGCGCAGAGGAACUCGUUGUGACCUACGGCCAAGUUGUGGGCCGCACUUGUGAAGAGGUCAAGAAGAUUCGGAAGAAGAAGGAGUGCAAGUUUUGCGGCGAAUGGCACGAGUUUGAAAAAGGAGUCUGCCCUGCUUUUGGUAAGAGGUGUAACCAAUGUGGCCGGAAGAACCAUUUUGAAAGAGUGUGCAAGUCGGAUCGGCGAAAACGAUCAAAGAGCAAGCGGAACGUGCACAAGGUUCGAGAUUCUCUGGAAGAUCACAGUGAGGAGUCGGACAGCAACGAGUCGAUCAGCGGCAGUGAAGCAAGCGCAGUGAUCGGCAAGAUCGAGAACUCGCCAGAACUUGGAGGCCAUGUGACGGCGGAGCUGGAUUUCUACGUCGACGGUAAGUGGCAAACAUCCCGCUGCAAUUUGGACACUGGUGCAAACACAAGUCUCGUGGGUUACACUUGGGUAACAACGAUGACUGGAUGUGCCAGACCAAAGCUACUUCCGUCAGACUGCCGCCUCAAAAACUUCAGUGGAGCAGAGAUUCCUGUCCUCGGUGCGAUCGUUGUUCCCUGUCGGCGCGAGGGUCGCAAAUACAAGCUUCUUCUCCAGGUAGUGAAUGGAUCGCACAUUCCCUUGCUAUCAGCGAGAGUGUGCAAGAUACUGAAGCUUGUACAGUUUUGCGACACCGUGUCUGAAUCUUCGUCUCUGUCGUGA